GAGAGGAUGGCCGAAAGUUUCAGUUCUCUCUUUCAGUUCCCAUUGUACCGUUGCGUUGUCGUUCGGUGUUUUUUUUGCGUGCAAGUGACAAAAGGCAAAUGGCAAAUGGCAAAAAUAAAACGCGCUGAAAACGCCAGACGAUGCUCGUCAAAAUAGUUAAUUCCUAGUUGUUAAUUCAUAUAUUUUAUUCUGUUCGCAAUAACCGCUGUGCAAUAUAAAAAUCAUUAGCCAAAAGGAGAACGAGAGAGAGAGCAAAUCGUUCUGACAGUAGACGACGGAGUGUAGCGCAUUAGAAUAUAUAGAAAAUAUAAUAUCGAUUGAAGCACUGGAUCUAACAGGGAAUCGGGCCAAAAUGGUGGGUCUGCUCAAUCCGCUCAAGUACGGCGACCACUUCUACGAGCUGUACACGAACAACACACGCAGAAAAAUGCAACACGAUCGCAAGGUGUUAACUAAGCGUAAAAGUCGGAAGGACAAAUCGGCGGCAGCGAUGGCCGCGGCGGCUGCAGCGGCGGUUCUCGAGGGGAAUGCGGGCGCAGGUGGACUGGUGAACCCACUGGACCCACCACUGGUCAAGGAGCAACUGAUGAUCCUGCCCUCCUUUCCGGUGGCGCACAUCGAACUGGAUCCGAAUGCGUCCAAGUUUGCGGUCUUCUCAGCCAUCAGAUCUACGGUUCUGGAGGCGGAGACGCGGUACGCCCUGUUCCAGGAGGGUGGAGCCGGAGCCGGUGGUCAGUGCGGAUCGGGCGUGAAGAAGUGGAGCAGACCCCUGAACUCCUCCUGCUGCAUGAUGUGCGCCCACAGCUGCAUGAUCAGCAACAUCCUCGACUGCCCCUGUCACGCGCCAUUGGGCAUGCACGGUGCCUUGGGCCCCGGAAACGGAGCACCCAAUGGACCGGUGGGCGUGCUGGGCGAUGUGAGGGUACCGGCCCCGGUGCCCGUGGUGGUUGGAGGACCUGGUCUGCCCGCCGAGAAGCGACCACGCCGCGAUAGCGCCAACAGCGAUGCCGAUUCGGACACCGAGGAGCCCACCGAACGGGAGCCCGUCUAUGCCACCGUGCCCCUGAUUGUGGGCGCCGGAUUGCGCAGCCUGUUCGAGCUGAUUGCCGAUGCGCGGCAUGUCCAUCCGCUGCUGUGCACCAAGGCGCUGAAGGCCCUGCUCGACGUCAUCCAGGGCCAGCAGCCGGAGAGCUUCAAGCUGGAGCCGGAGGAGCUGAUCAAUCCGCUGUACGAUCUCCUUCUCGAUCUGGCCACCAUGCCGGCGGCCCUCAACUCGGCCACGGGUGCGGAGGCCAACUGGUCGGCCAUGGCUUGUGCCGCGCUCCUGGGACUCUGCAUCGCCCGCGGCGACACCGGCAAGAUGCUGAAGGCCAUCGCCGCCAUGCUGAUGACGCCGCGACAGCUAUCCGCCCAGAUUGUCCAGCUGCCGGUGGUGCUGGCCACGCUGCAGCACACGGUGGUCAGUGCGGCGCUGAACAAGCCCACCAGGCCGGACUUUCACAGCCACGGGGUGCCGCACAACUCCCUGAUUGAUGAGUUCCCCCUGAAGUUGCCGCCCUUGAGCACGGGUGCGCCCAUCACCUCGCCGGCGAUGGCCUGCGAUGGAGUGUUUGUGUACCUACUCUACGGGGGAACCCUGCUGAAGAUCGGCACUGGCUUCGGGGGAUCCUACAAGGGACACGUCUAUGCCCAGAACGAGGACUUCAGCCACGAGCGAAGUGCCUGGCUGGGCUACAGUGGCGGGCAGCUCUACUUCCGGCGCACCUGUCGCCGCAGUGCCGGUGACCAGCUGCAAAUGGUGGGCCUGGACACGCUGGCCAUCAAGGCGAUGAGUCCAUUGAGCAUGCUCCACAUGCGCGAGGGACUCAACUACGUGCUCUUCACGGACGACGACUCACUGCAUGCCAUCUGCAGCAACCGCGAUGAUACACUGGUGGUGAAGAAGCUGAACCUGUACCACAAUAGCUACAACAUCGACCCGCCACCCUUCGAGCUGCCCCUUCAGUUGGCCCGCAAGAAGUUCCGAACUUUGGGCUAUGCCGCCUUCGAGGAUGAGCUGCUCAACCAGUACCAGAUCCAGCGCAUCCAAUCGGCGCACAACAGCUUCGAGCCGAAGCUACCGGCUCCGUGCCGAGAUGCGGAUGUGGAUGUGAUGGGCAUGGCUUGUGGCAAGGAGUUUGGCCUGGUGCGUGCCAGCAAUGGCAGGGUGUACUACUAUGGAAAGUCAGCGGCCCUGGGACUCAAGUGUGUGGGUCGCACGCCGACGCUCAAGCUCACCGAACUGGUCAUCUCCAAGGCGGCGAAUAUAGUCCAUGUGGCCGUGGGACACGAUGGCAUCCAUGCUCUGCUGGUGAACGACGAUGGAACCGUCUUCUUUGCGGGAACAGCUCGGCGCGGUGAAGAUGGUGAUAGCAGCAAGAAUCGGAGGCAACCGAAGGCGGUUAAGCCGAAGAAGAUGACCAAGAUCGAUGGUCAUGUGGUGGUUCAUGCCGCUUGCAAUAAUGGCACCUCCGCCUUUGUGACCAAAACCGGAAAACUAAUAAUGUACGGCAAGGAUACAGCCCACUGCGAUGCCAUGGGCUUUGUGAGUGAGCUGUUGGAUCAGCAUGUGACCAAGGUGGCGCUGGGCAAGGCCCAUUGUGUGGCCCUCAAUGCCAAGGGACAGCUCUUCUCGUUCGGACUGAAUAACAAGGGUCAGUGCGGCAGGAUAUUCAACAAGUUGCAGCCGGUGAAGGAUGUGCCGCCAUUCGCCUCAUCCUCCACGGCCGCCGCCUGUUUUGCAUCCCUGCUGCCACUGGACAAGCGCCUGAAGUUGGACUUCUCCACCUUGUGCGACUACGAUGACCACAAUCUGGUGCAGGGUCAGUGCCGGGUGUGCGUCAUCUGUCGGGAGUGCACUGGCUACAAUGUCAGCUGUGUCUCCGCCCUGAAUGUCCCACUGGAUCAGCGCUUGGCGGGCAGUAUAUGUCCCUGUGGACACGGAGAUGCGGGCUGUGCCAAGUGUGGACUGUGCGCCGCCUGCAUUGCGCUCCAGGAUAGCGAUGAAGCCAAAACGGAGCUGAAGCCUCCGCCAAGUGACGUGCAACAGCGUCAGCAGCGCUCCAAAACGCUAAUCAUGCGACGCAAGGAGCGCAAGGGCGAACUGGAAACCGGAGCUGCCGGCGGAGGAGCUGCCACGCCCACAGACCUGGACAAGGACCCACCGCGUGUGGCUCCACUCGCACCGCAGUUGCUGCAGCUCACCAGCUCAUCGCCGGUGGUCCAGGUGGCCUGUGGACUGCACCACACCGUGGUGCUCACCCUGGCCGGUGAGGUGUACACCUUUGGCAGCAAUCAGUACGGACAGUUGGGCAGUGGAGACCUGCAGCCAGUGAGCGGACCGGUUCGCGUCCAGGUGGCCGGAGCCAUCAGUCAAGUGGCCGCCGGUAGCAACCACACCGUGCUGCUGACGUCGAAGGGAAUGGUCUACACGUUCGGCAACUACCAGAAGGGACAACUGGGACGACUACCCAGUGAUUACGGGCAGAAGCCCCCGCCCCAGGAUGAAGACUCACCGGUGGGAGGAGCAGGAUCCGAUGGCGCAGGAGCAGGAGCAGGAGGAUCGCCCACAGUGGCGCCGGUGGGAAUGCCCGGACCGGAACGAUCCCAAUCCCCGGCCACCGUUCAGCCCAGCGGCUCCAAGGAGAUGCCGCCGCUGAUGCCGGUGCUCACCCAGCGUCAGAAGUUCCUGUGGAACUGCUCGCCCGGCGCCGUUUUUGGCCUGGGUCCCUGCUUUGGCAAAAAGGUGACCUGGAUUGGAGCCAAUGGUGACCAGACCUUCAUCAAGAUAGACGAAUCCCUGAUAACGGCGCAAAUGCUGCCCAAGAUGCAUGUGGUGGCAAACAAGAAGACGAUAUUGCUCAUCCCCAGCAUUCCGCUGUCCUUCCACACGCUCUCCAUAAAUCGACGAGAUGGAAGUUGCACGGCUCACUACCGCGGACAGACGAACUUCGUUCAACUGAUGCAGGCGCAGCCGGAGCAAGUGGCGCCGGAGAUAAACUCCAAUGUGGAUGUGGCCGUGACUCCGGUUGCGGAUUCGCCGGCACAUGCCUCCACCUCGUCGCUGCUGACGGCCUUGGCGGGCACGGCCACGGCGGGUGUGCCCAUCAACGAGCAGAUGUCGCGGAGCAUGCAUGAGGGCCGCAACCAGAUCUUCGAGGAGCAGCCACCGGAGGUGUCACCUUCCGUUGCAGCUGCAGCAGUAGCAGCAGCUCCUGGCACACCCGGAUCAGCUGGGGCAGCAGGAUCCGCACCUCGAUCACGUCGCGUGGGCAAGCAGGGAGCCAGCUCCCCGGAACCCGCACCAUCGCCACCACAACUGGCCUUCACCAUGGAUCCCACCUACAAUGUCCUGUGGGUCUUCGAUGGCGCUGCACGCAAGUUGCGCUGCCACAAUGUGGUGGCCAGUGACAUCAACGAGAGCGAUGCGAACUCCACCACCUAUCGAUCCUUGCUGUCGCCGGAGUUAUCCUUGCCGGAUCGGGUGGAUUCGCGCGUGGCCCGCUCGCAGGCCUCACUGAAUCUACUGGCCUGCCUGGACAUCCUCACGUCGGCACAGGACAACAUACCCGGAUGCUUCGACCAGCCGCUGCUCAAGCAAACGCAACAGACGGCGGAGACGCAGGCCGGCGAAUUCCAGGUGGUCAGUCGGUUCGACAACUUCGGCGGCGGAUGGGGCUACUCCGGACACAGUGUGGAGGCCAUAAGGUUCUCGGCGGACACGGAUAUCGUGAUCUGUGGCUUCGGGAUGUUCGGCGGCCGCGGAGAGUACAGUUGCAAGCUGAAGCUCUUCGAUUUGGGCGGCGAUGGUGGCGGCUACGAGAAGGAAGGCAUCCUGAUUGGCGAGACCAAGGAGGUGCCGUACGAGUGUGGCGCCCGGAGCAAGCAUCACAUCCUCCUGCCCAAGCCGGUUAGUGCGGUGGCUGGGAGGUGGUACCUGGUAUGGGCUAGGAUCGCAGGUCCCUCCUCCGAUUGCGGUUCCUGCGGCCAGGCCUCCGUGACCACCGAGGACCAGGUGGUCUUCUCCUUCAAGUCCAGCAAGAAGGCCAACAACGGCACCGACGUAAACUCCGGCCAGAUACCGGCCAUUCUGUACCGCCUGGUGACCCAGGAUUGCAAACAGACGCCGGCCCAAAUGGAUGCCGAUCCGGUGCAGCGGAUUUCCCGCGCCUUUGCCAACAGCGUGAGUCGCGAGUGCUUCGAGAGUCUGGUGGUCCUGCUCAGCUGGUCGUGGGACUGCUUCAAGCUGCAGCUGCGCGAGGAGCGGGAUCGCUCCAGGCCACUGCAGCUGCAGCAGUCGCUGCAGUACCUCGGCUAUGUGAUCAAGUCGUGUCUGCGCCUGCUGCGCAAGUACACCAACGAGAUUUACCCCCAGCGGAGCUCCUCCACGUCGCUAACCUCGAAUGCGGGCUCCAACGAAGCCCAUGGCAGUGGCAUGGUGUCCAAGGUCCAGUCCAAGGCGAACAAAGACAAGAAUGCGCCCCGCGUCAUGGGCAAUGCGGCCGUAAUGGCCAAGUACUUUGGCGACCCAUCGCCAUCGGUGGCCCCAGCGAUGAUCAGCAGUGGCGGAAGCAGCGGCGGAGCACCAUCCACAUCGGCUUCGGCAGCUGUGGCAGCUGGUAGCGGAACUCCCGUGACCCGGAAGACCAACAUGGAGAACAUCCAGCUGGCGGAGUGCAUUGGCAAUGUGAGGGCCCUGCUGAUUGGCAUCUUCUGUGACGACAUCUUCAAGGACAUAGCCACGGAUGAGGGCUACGAACUGUCGCUAGAGAUCCUGGACGAGUGCCACCUAAGUUUCGUGGCCUGUUUCGAUGCCUUCUACCCGACAUCCUCGUUGAAGUGGAACUGCCUAUGCGACCUGCUCGCCCAGAUGGACCGUGGAGCACUGCACUCCCGUUUGCUAAGUGCGAUCUUGGCGGGACUCUGCUCGCCGUCGGUGAAACUCAGAGCCACAUUCUCGCUGCUCAGUGCGGCUGGGAACGAACGCCAGUCGAUCAUCAGUCCCAGCGACAAUUCCGGCCUGCCCAUGCUCUCCUCCACCGAUGCCCAUCCGUAUCCCGUGCUGGUGGAGCAAAUGAUAUACCGAACGCAGCAGGAGAAGAGCGAUUUCCUGAGCAAUUCGUGGACAUUCAAGGACGUGCUGGUGCGUCUGCUGGACAUAAUCGCCAGUCCCAUACGAUCCCGCAUCGAGGCCAUCUACAGCCGGAGUCUGGGAAGUCUCGGUGGCAGCUAUCCCGGUGGCAAGGAGUGCGUCAAUCAGGGCCUAAUCGACAACUGUUGCCACCUGCUGGCCAGAGUUCUGGCCGAGAUUGUCUACCAAACGGCGAUGGGGGAGUUCGACAAGCUGUUCAUGCCGCCCAGAACGCUCCACUCGACGGGCGCUCGCUUCGCCCGCUGCGAUGUGAGUCGCACCUGGAACACGGGCAACUUUGGACCCGACGCCAUCGCCUUUGCCGUGGAUCGACCUGGUGUGGCCAUAGCUGGCGCCAUGGUCUACUCGGGUUCGGGUAGCUAUGACUACCAGUUGGAGUUGCUGUACGACAAUACGGCCGAUCUGCAGCCGCAGCACAAGUGGGAGACUUUGGAGUCGGUGUCGGGCAGUUACGACCAGGAGGCGGUGCACAACGAUCUGGCGGAGAUUAAGUUCGACCAUCCGGUGCACAUCAAGGAGAAUGCCCGCUACGCAUUGAGGCUGUGCUCGCAGGGAGCGCGCACUUGCAGCGGCGAUGCCGGGAUGCCGGCCGUUCGAGGACCUUGUGGCGCCCAGUUUCACUUCUAUGCCUGCGAUCUGAGCUUCAAUGGAACCACGCCGGCCAGGGGUCAAUUGCCCUGCAUCCUGUACUACAGCACACCCAUGAAACAGGACGGCAACUCGGCCAGUGGACGAGGUGGCGACGGUGCGAGUGUGGCCAAUCACAUGGAGGAGCGCAUGAUGCUCCUUGGGCCGCACGAGGUCUCCACCCGAGAUACAGCUUUGCAGAUCGCCGCUGAUAUCACCAAAAAGUGCACUGAACUACUGAUCCUGGCACGCAACGCCAUGGCCGCCUCCUGUUCGCCCUCCGAAUACAGUUCCAACCACACACAGACCAUCGACUCGGAGCACAACAUCACACCCAUCGAAGAGCACAUGGACAUCAACUGGGCGAACAACUCGAGGACAGCUGCCCUGCCCAGUGCGGUGGAUCCACAGCUGUCCACCGCCAGGGAUUUGGGCAAGCGCAUCGAGUCCUUCUCCAAGGGACUGAUGGAGACGCUCAAGUUCGAUAAGCGAUCGACGAACCCCUUCGAGAUGGAAAUCGAGAUUGGAGCCACCGAGGUGGAGGAGUCGGCGGAUCUAAGGAAUGGCCAGAGUCAGAGUCAAAACCAGAGUCAAAGUCAAAGUCAGAGUCAGAGUGUGCCGAUAAAUGGCAAUGAGAGGACGAGCGAUUUCGAAAUAGCCGAGCAGCCGGCGCAACAGUCGGUGGCGCAACAAGUGCACUCCGAUUCGGAGGAGGCUCCUCUGGAGGUGGCCGGAAUGGCGGCUGCUGCUUCCGUUGCCGGUGGAGCGAGUAUGGCCGGUGGAUCCGGCGGAGUGGCAGCCGUGGGCAGUCAAGUGGCCGCCGUGCAAUUGCUGGAGGUCUUCAACCUGGCCGCCUCCAAUAUGUUCCACACCCUACUGCCACUGGUCUAUGCACACAUUGCCAAUCUGGCCUGCAGUGAUCCCAAGAGCUCCGUGCAGAUACUUGGCCUGAUCAAGGAGAUCCUGCCGCACAUCGCCGCCCUGAAUCAACUGCACGUGUCCAAGGAUCAACGUCAGCCGGAACCCGCACUCUUUGCACCGCAAACCUCCAGUUCCGGCUCCAAUUCGAGCAGCAGCACUACGAGUAACCACUACUGUCUGGUGGAGAGCGAGCAUCCGUACCGGAGUGCCAGCAUUAGUAGCUAUCGCGUUGAGUUCCCGCCCUGCGUCCAGUGGCUCACCAUCGAGUUCGAUCCGCAGUGUGGCACUGCCCAGCUGGAGGAUUACCUGCUGCUCUCAAUUCCGAUGCGUCCCGCCUCGCAGGCACCGCCCGUUCCGCAUGUGGAUGACUAUCUGGAGCAGGCGGAUAACAAUGUGCUGGGCACAUCGGCGGCGGCGGACAGGAGACGGGCUGCCGAAGGUGGCAUGGCCGGCAGUGGGGCAGGACCGAGUUCACACCAGCGAUCCGCCAGUGUCCAACUGACCAUGGCCAGUUGCUGUCGCAGUCCGGGCGGUGGCAAUGCGCCAGGAUCCGCUGCGGCUGCCGCUGCCAAUGCCACGCCCCUGCGCAGCCAGGAUCCCAAUGACAGGGAGUGGAUUGUGGUCAAAAAGUUCAACACCGCCUCCACCUGGCUGCACAAUGUCCUGAUCCUGCCCGGCAAUUGCGUGGAAUUCUCCCUGGAGACGGCCUCACUUUAUGCCCAGGAUCCGCACAACAAUCGCUAUGGCUUCAAGUGUCUGGUGGUGGGCUACGACAAUCCCACAUCGAUCAAUGCCAGCAACUCGUGUCUAAUACGAUUGGAGCAGGAAUUGGCCUACUUGGGUGGGAUGUGCAGUGCCAAUCUCAUGAAGAAGGAGCUCAAUCUGCCAGAUGACAAGGAUGUGGAGGACAUGAGCGGCGUCGAGGAGACCAUCAAUGCCCAUCACACCCUGCUCUCCAAAGGAUUCGCCCUAUCCGAACCCCAGUUGACAGUGCACCAGGCUCUGGAAUCGUAUCUGCCCAUCGGAUCCCAGUCAAAUGAGCGGCAGUUCCUCAAGGACUUUAUUAGUGGGGCGCCAGGAUCGUCGGGCGCACGUUUGGCGGCCUGGUUGCAACCAGAAUCACGCCUGGAUCCCAAUAAAUGUGAGCUGAACACGAUCACGGAGCCAUUGCGCUACGGUUGGCCCUCCCAGGUGACGGUCGCCAUUCGGGAUCAGUAUGGAGAUGCUGUCCUGGUGCCGGAGCUCAAGGUGGAGAUCAAGGCGAUACCCACGGGGUCGGGUCCGAAUGGUGCAACCGGAACGGGAACGGGAAUAGGAACCGGAACGUCCGGUGCCCCAGCAACCGGAGUAACUGCACCCGGUGCAAACCUGUGGAUGCGUCGUGCCUCCGGCGACACCUGGGGCUGGGGCGGAAUGGCCCCGCCGCCGCGACUCAACUACGAGCCCACCUCCAAGGAGAAGAUGGUCUUCAAAGCGAUCACCUUCAUGAAGCCCUUCACCAACUACUCGUUCGAAGAGCUUCGCUACGCCAGUCCGGUGCAAACACGCAUCACGGAACUCCUCAACGCCAAGGACAUGGAGGACGGCACGUUCAGUGUCCAGUGGACGCCCAGUUCGGUGGGUGCCUACUGCCUGGCGGUGACCAUCGACGGCAUUCCGCUGGAGGAGGUCUACCGCGUGGACGUCAAGGAGGGCAUCCUGCCACCACCCACUCAGAGGAGCAGUGCCCAACGAAGGCCACAGGCACCCAGCAAAUUGCGCCGUUAUCAGGCACGCCAUAGUUCUGGGCUGCGGAUUCGAUCCCAUCCCACGUUGCAGUCGGAGCAGGUGGGCGUGGUGCGGGUGGGCGGCGUGAUCUCGUUCAUCGACGAGAUCGAGAACGACGACGGGAUCUGGUUGCGCCUGUCCACGGAGUCCAUCCGGCAGCACUGCACCAUGGGCUGGUACCCCACAGAGGCGUGGUGUCUGCAGUUCAACCAGCACCUGGCCAGGAUGCUCCUGCAGCCGGUGACCGACAAGGAGGUUAGUCCGUCGGUGCGGAAGGGCGACGCGGGCGAGGCGGCCGAGCAGCAGCAGGAGGAGGAGGAGGAGGAGGAGCCGCCGCCGGUCAGUCCGUCGGGCAGCGGCGAGGCCAGUCCCGAGCCGGAACCCGAUCCCAGUCCGGUCCUCAGUCCGGCCAAGUCGAAGCCGGCUCGCUUCCUGGCCGGCCAUCAGUCCACCAAUCCCUUCCUCUAUCCCUCCAAGCAUGCCGAUCUCGCCGAGCGGGAGGCCCAAGUGCAGGAGGAGCGGGAAAGGGAGGAGCAGCAGCAGCAGCAGCAACAGGUGGAGGUCGAGGAUCCCGAACAGGAGGCACUGCCCGCCGUGGAGCUGCUGCCGGCCCACAUAGGAUCGGCCAUAGCCGGAGUGGUGGGCGGCGGGGCCAUCAAGCUGCAGGCCCUGCAGAAGUGGUUCAAGGGCGACGCCGUGGAUGGGUCCCAGCCGCUGACGCCCUCCCACUCCCCUCCCCUCGCCGGCGUCUCGGUGAGGGAACUGGUGCGGGCCAUGGGCGGCCAGGACUCGUCGCCGCGCGGCAAUGGCAAUCGCAGCUCGCAAUCACAGGCUGCGCAGGAUCAGGAGCCGGAGUUCAGCCUGGCCAGCAUGCGGCGACCCAACUACUCGGCCAGUCAAACGGCAGCGCUGCUCUCCACUCCAAAGCACACGCCCAAGCGAAGCGCCCAAUCGCAGCUGCCGGCGGAGACGAGUGGUCUGGAGGAUGACCUCAGUCUGCUGCAGAUCACCACCACGACCACGGGCCAGGGGGAGCAGCAGAGCGAGCUGCAGCUGGCCACCACAUCCGCCGCCUCGGCGUCCAAGCGCCACACCAUGGGUCCCAUCAAGCGGGCCAUUCCGCCCUCGUUUGCCGAGAGCAUCCGGGCGGUGUUCGCCGCCCUGCUGUGGCACGAGGGAGUCGUCCACGAUGCCAUGGCCUGCGCCAGCUUCCUCAAGUUCCAUCCCGGUCUGCCCAAGGAGGGCGCCACGGUGGUGACGCGUCGCGGCGAGGCCGGCGAUCCCAAGCUGAAGCUAUCGCGGGAGCAGAAGGCCCAGCAGCGGCACUCCGUGGAGGUGGCCAAUGCGGGCAACUACCUGAACAUCCGACCCUCCACGCUGGAAACGCUCACCAAGAGCGGCAACUGUUCGCUGCACAAUCGCAGCAAGUACCGCAAGAAUCUGCUCAGCGGUGGAGUGGCCAAUCCUGGCGAGGAUCAGGCCCAGAAGCUGCAGGCGCUGCCAGAGAUGGUGAGCGUGUUGCCGCCAGCUCUGCGAUGUCUGGUCUAUUUGUGGGAGCAGAUCUGCUCCGGCUGCGUGCAGAUUGUCCAGUCGAAUGCACUGGAGCAGCGGGAACCGCGACUGCUGUCGCCAGGGAGUCGCGACCUGAACGGAGAUGCCGACACCGAGGGCAAGGAUGGCAAGUGCUCCGACCAGGGAUCCGCUGGAGAGAAGGAUCUGGGCAGGAAGUGCAAGCGCAAGAAGAAGGACGAUGGCAGCUGGUGCGAGAUCUGCGAACUCUUCCUGCCCAUGCCCGUGACCUACCACAUGCGGAUCGCCCAUCCGGGCUGUGGGAAAUCGGCCAAGGGCAAGGGCUACAACUCCGUGGGAAUAUUCUGCGAGGGAUGGGCGGGCAACUGCGGCGAGGGCGGCAAGGGUGCUUCGUCCUGGUUCCUCAUGUGCGAUCCCUGCCGGGACCGGUAUCUCGCCUCCUGUCGCAGCGCCAACAACAUCAACAGUGCCGCCCGGCAACUGGAGUCCAGUGCCGCCGAAGGCAACGAACUGAAUUUGUUUGGCGUUAAGUCGACCACAUUGAUAGCCAAUGCCGAGGUGUACACCACGAUGCGGGAGAACGCCACGUUCCUGCUGGAGCUCUGCUCGAGUUCGAGCUCUGCAUCUGGAGUGGCCGGCAGCUUGGCCGCCGCCGCUAGCAGCAGCAGCAGCUCCAAUCCCAAGCGGUCGCCGCAGCAGAUGUCCGUGGUGGCCAUGCCCGUGGUGAUCGAACACCAGCUGGGCAACUCGGACCUCAAGCCGAGCACCAGUCGCUGCAGCCGGAUGGCCCGCCUGAGUGGCUCCAAGUUCUGUCCGGGAGUGGGUAGCGGAGCGUUCCGCAAAAGCUUCGUGGGCGGACCGCCGGCUGCUCCGGAGAACGUGUGGCUGGCGCCGGAGGGAUUCGCCUGCCUGGAGUGCCUGGGCACUGCGGGACACGAGGAUCUGCCCUACGAGAUGUUUGGACUGGGGCCCAACUCGAACGACAAUGGAUACGAUAGGCCGCUGUCGGAGAUCUCGUAUGAGUCGUGCGAACCCAACAACUACGAUCUGCUAUCCGGCUCCUUGGCGCCCGGAUCCACGGCCGGCGGUGGCGGAGCUCCUGGUGGCAAUCUCUCCAAGUUCCACCGCAGCUAUUCGAUGGGUCAGGGCUGGGCGGCAUUGGCGCAACACAACCACCCGCAGCAGCACAACCAUCCGCAGCAGCAGCUCCACCAGCAGCAGCAACAGUUGCACCUGCAGCUGCAGCAACACCAGCAGCCGCCAGCAGCGGAGGUUGGUCAGCCCAAGGUGGUGUACAGGCGGCGAAACAAUUCCACCAGCGAGGGCGACGGAUCCCUGCUGAUCUGCUAUCCCUCGGAGCAUCUGCGUCGCCUGGUGCCGCACAAGCUGCUGGCCAGUGUGUCCGUUAUGCAGUCAUCUGCCGGCGGCGGCGAAGGAACCAGCAAGGAUCAUUCAACCGGGACGCUGGGAUUCGAUCAGUCGGCGGGACAAAAUGGAGGAGGUAGCCUACUGCUCACCCGUCCGGCCAUGGCCUUCAUCACCCAGAAACACGAGCUGGACAGGCUGAGGGCGGCCAUGAGGAGGAGUUUGAGGAUUGCGGCCUGCAGGAUUUAUGCGCUGCAGGCACUAAACUGGCUCCUGAGGGGCGUCACCCAGGGCGUGUGCCUGCAUGAUCUGAUGUGGUGGUUCGUCAGCUCACUGACCGCCACUGGUGGUCACCAUCCGCCGGAGGGCAGGGGCGAGGAGGCCUCGGAGCCGGCACUGGAACACCCGGUGGCCUACACCCAGAUCAGUGGCCGAUUCGCCCAUCUCAUCACCCAGUCCCUGCACGUCCUGCUCCAGUCGGUGGCCGAUCUCACGCUGCAUUUGCCACCCGGUUCGCCAUUGCAGCGGGUGGCCAUCCAGUGCUUUGGCAUCCGUUUCCGCCAGGCGGACCACCAGUUCCUCCACAGCUCGCAUGUGUUUGGGAACAUCUCGAAGAUACUGUCCAAGUCGGAUGAGCAGAACGACGCCAUGGCCGUUUCGAUGAUCCUCAAGCCCGACUGCGAUGCGGAGCACAAUCAGGUGCAUCCCGUUGCGAAUGGCGGAUCUGGAGCAGGAGCCCGGCUCCUCUGCUAUACGGAUCUGGCUGGCAUGUUCGAGGUCACCGUAUCCUCGCGUCCGGCCAUGGCCGAAUCCCUGACGGACAACUCAACGGAAACCUUCUGGGAGAGCGACGAGGAGGAUCGCAACAAGUGCAAGAUCAUCGAGUUGUCCCUGACCAAGUUGAACUACGCCUGUCGCUAUCUCCUCGUGCACAUCGACAAUAGUCGAGACAUUCAGAACAAGGUGCUUAACGUGGUGUUCUAUGCCGGCCAGUCGCUGGGCGACACGAAUGUAAUAAAAUCGGCGGACGUGGACCCGAAGGCCUGUUCCUGGAUCUCGGCGAAGAUCUGCGAUGACAGCUGCACCCACUUCCGGCUGGAGCUGCAUGGACCGGAGAACACGCUGCGGGUGCGCCAGAUCAAGUUGCUCGGUUGGCCCACGGGAGGAUCGGUGGGCCAGGAGGAUCCCUCCGAUCACAAGCACCAGCAUCAGCACCAGCAGCCCCACCUGCGCUUGAGUCACGCCUCGCGCAUCCAACAGCAGAUUUGUGAGGCGGAAACCCUGAGGGUUUUCCGUUUGAUCACCGGUCAGGUGUUUGGCAAACUAAUCAGCAACGUGGGCUCGGACUUGGUGCCACCGGACUCGGCGGGCAUUGGGCCACCGAGCAGUGGAGCAGCGAGUACCUCGCUAUUGGCCGAUUCCCUGGACCUCAGGGAGCACAUGGUGGGCAUACUGUUCUCGCGGAGCAAAUUGUCGCACCUGCAGAAGCAGGUUAUCGUGCACAUCGUCCAUGCCAUUCGCAAAGAGGCGCAGCGGGCCAAGGAGGAUUGGGAGCUGGCCAACCUGGCCCAUGUCCUAAAGCAGCCGCCACAGCUGCAAUCCCUGCCAGCCACCGCCGCGAGUGCCUCCGGCAGCAGUGAGAGUUCCCCGGAGAGGAGCCGGGCACCGGACACCUACUGCUUCGAGAUGCUCAGCAUGGUCUUGGCCCUGUCCGGCAGCGUGGUGGGUCGCUCGUACCUCUCCCAGCAGCACGGACUGCUCCGGGAUCUCCUGGGACUCCUGCACACCGGCAGUGAUCGCGUGCAGCGACAGGUGACGGCUCUGUUGCGUCGAAUCCUCCCAGAAAUAUCGCCUGAGAGCUUUGCCGAACUACUGGGAGUGCAGCGAUUGCCACCGGCGGAUUAUAGCAUUGCUCAUCAGACAGCCAGUGAUUUCGAUAUGAGUCGGCUGGGUCUGCUGGAUAUAUUCCUGGCCGUGAUUGCCAAGUCCCUGCAGUUGCAGGUUAAGGUGAAAACAACAGCUGCCUCGGCUGGAGGCACUGGAUCGGGAUCGGGAUCAGGAACUGGAUCUGGGUCAGGUUCUGGAGGAGGCGGAUCCUCGAGUGGUGGUGGAGGAGCUGCCCUGAAGGCGGGUCAGCAGGAGAAGACCCCGGCCUUUGUGCGACUCUGCAGCUCGCUGGAUCUCUCCGUGCAGCAGCUGAGAUCACGACCGCCCACCGGCGAGCCGGGAGGAGCUGAUCCCUUCCAGUUUGAGGCCCUGCCGCCGAGAAAGGAGUCCAAGCGGAAUCUCAACCAGCGGUGGUUCCUCAACGGAGUCAUCUCCACCAAGCAGGCGGAGAGCAUAAUCGGUCUCAUAAGGGAUUUGGCCAGCGGUAAACUCAGCGAGAAGUGGUCACAGAUUACGAAGGCGGCCAUUGCCGAAUCCGUACUGAAUCUGACCCGACUGGAGGAGAUCUACCGCUCGCCGGAGCACUGCACCAAGACCUCAACCUUGUGGCUGGCAUUGGCCAGUCUGUGUGUCCUGGAGCGCGACCAUGUGGAGAAGCUCUCCUCCGGCCAGUGGUCCAAGUUGUGCGACACGCGUCCCUUGUGCAGCAACCACGACGAUGGCGAAACGGCGGCCAUCAUCCAGUGCGAGACCUGCGGAUCCCUCUGCGGCGACUGCGAUCGCUUCCUGCAUCUGAACCGCAAGACUCGCUCCCACAAGCGAACGGUUUGCAAGGAAGAGGAGGAGGCCAUCCGCGUGGAGCUACACGAAUCCUGCGGCCGCACCAAACUCUUCUGGCUGCUGGCCCUGGCCGAUUCCAAAACACUGAAGGCCAUGGUGGAGUUCCGCGACGGCAGCCAUACGAUCAUCUCGGGUCCCCAGGAGACGGUGGGCAGGUGUCGCUUCUGCGGCCUCACCGGCAACUCCGGCCUGCUGGAGAUCGGCAACGUGUGCGCGGAUGCCCAGUGCCAGGAGUAUGCGGCCAACUCGUGCCUGAAGACCAAGCCGUGUGGCCAUGCGUGUGGCGGAGUCACGGGCGAGCGGAAGUGCCUCCCCUGCCUGCAGCAUGUGUGCCACACGCGCGAGAACGAGCUGGCCGAGGAGCUGAGGGAUCCGAAGCUCACGCAGGAUGCGGACGACAUGUGCAUGAUCUGCUUCGUGGAGGCGGUAUCCUGUGCUCCCUCUAUCCAUCUGGAGUGCGGCCAUGUGUUCCACCACCAUUGCUGCAAGGCGGUGUUGGAGAAGCGUUGGAGUGGACCGCGAAUCACCUUUGGAUUUUCCCUCUGUCCCAUCUGCAAGGCGGAUAUCCAGCAUCCCUUGCUGGCAGACAUCCUGGAGCCGAUCAACGGACUCAAGCAGGACGUCAAGCGCAAGGCCCUCAUGCGGAUCAAGUACGAGGGCGUGGUCAAGGACACGGACAGUAAGGACGUGAACAUGACCCAGCUGGCGAUGGACCGGUAUGCCUACUACGUGUGCUUCAAGUGCCAGAAGGCGUACUACGGCGGCGAGGCACGCUGCGAUGCGGAGAUUGGCGAGAAGUUCGAUCCGGAGGAGCUGGUCUGCGGCGGAUGCUCGGAUGUGGCCAGGGCACAGAUGUGCCCCAAGCACGGCACCGAUUUCCUGGAGUACAAGUGCCGCUACUGCUGCUCGGUGGCGGUGUUCUUCUGCUUCGGGACGACGCACUUCUGCGACACCUGCCACGACGACUUCCAGCGACUGACCAACAUACCGAAGGUCAAGCUGCCGCAGUGUCCGGCCGGACCGAAGGCCAAACAGCUGCUGGGCGACGAGUGCCCGCUGCACGUGAUGCAUCCGCCCACCGGCGAGGAGUUCGCCCUGGGAUGCGGCGUCUGCCGCAAUGCCCAGACAUUUUAGCCAGACACAUGGACACGACCCGCUGACAAGUGGGCAACGCAUCCGGAAUCGGAUGACGACGAUGAUGAUGACGACGACGACGACGUGGAGUUGGCGCCGAACAUGUGGCUAGACAUGUUCUCACGGUCGGACGACUCGCGGACAUAUUUGUAGAGAUUAAAAAGCCCCAACAGAAAAAAACCAAAAACUAGUCCCCAUGAAAGGAUCGUUCUUUCACUCCUCUAGACAUUAAUUCACACAUCGGAAUGGAAUACGGAAACGGAUAGAUAUUUUCUAGGAUAGCUGAUAUUUGAACGAUGGAUAUUGGAUUAUAGAUUAGCAAAUAGCAAAUAGCGUAUAGCAUAUUUUUCCCCCCAGGCAAUAUUAUUUUGUAACACUCGAAUCGAGACGAAUCUCCCAAUUCAAUGAUCAAAAAAAAACUCACUAUUUAUUUAAUGUACAAUUCGGAGUCGAGCGAGAGAGAGCGAGUGCGGGAGAGAGCGCGAGAAGUGUGUACAUAAUCCUUCAGCUCCCUGACCUCUGACCUCCAUAACCUCCUCCUGCCACCCCCUCACCCUCCUCCUCCUCCUCACCCUCACCCUCACUCCAGCAAAAGGCACAUUAUGCUACAUUUAUAUAUAUAUUGCAAAUAACUAAAUUAUAUAUAUUUAUUAUGAAUGCGACGAGCGGAAGGAUGCAAUAAAAAUCAAUUCUUAAUGUAAA